GAAGCCCUUAUUGCAUUUGAACGAACAUACAAACAUUUUACUUUGGUAGGUAUAGUUGGUGACCGGAGGAAGUAAUACAUGCGGUAAAAUGGCUGCGUUGGAAGCUAAAUGAACAUGAAUAAGAAAAGCCACCUACAUUGAUGCUUGAAAUAUUUUCCACUAUACUAUCUGAUAGUAAAACAAUAUAUUCAGUAUUGUUCUGAUCCAUAUACCUGCAAUUAUGUCAAACACACCGCUGGAUUUCAGGACCCAUGCCGACCAGUCAUGCAGAUAUUCAGAAGAAUUUGUCAACAUAUAUUACGACUGCAUGGAUAAGAAAAGAAGGAACUUGACCCGGCUCUACCUGGACAAGGCGACCUUGGUGUGGAAUGGGAAUGCAGUGUCUGGACACGAUGCUCUGGGCGAGUUUUUUGAGACGUUGCCUUCGAGCGAGUUCCAGGUUCAAACACUGGAUUGUCAGCCAGUUCACGAGCAAGCAACCCAAGGCCAGACAACACUGCUCGUGGUGACUGGUGGGACAGUCAAAUUUGAGGGGAACAAGCAACGUUUCUUCAACCAGAACUUUCUUUUGACAGCUCAGGCUACACCCAACAAUGAUCAGCCUGUUUGGAAGAUUGCUAGUGACUGUUUCCGAUUUCAAGACUGGAACAGCUGAGGUUCUCUUCAUGCUCGCUCUCACCUUUUAACACUCAACAGUGAUAAUGAAGAUACUUUGUUUCUUUCCAUUUUUGUAAUAAAAUAAAAAACUCAUACACCACA